GAUUGGUCGAUUGAAAAAUGCGGGUGACGGCGGAGGACCGUGUGAUCUGUCGAUUUUUGUUGAAAUACUUUAGGAUAAAAAUGGUUAAAUAAAAGAAAGUAAUUUAGUGCAAUUGUUGUGUCCCAGUGAAUUGCUCGAAUAUGCUGUCCCGCCUACUGCGGCAGUUUUUGUUUACUCUAAUACAUUUGGUUGUGAGUUUACUUGUUGCUGUGAAAAAUGUUUAUCACCGAUACUGGGUUAAAAGAAGCAGUUCCUACAAGGAUGAGGUGACGAAAAGUGAUAUACAGAUGAUCUUAGAACAUGUACCAAGGGUGAACAAAAAGCUGAAGCAUUUAGUGUUGAUAGCGGAUAGUGAACAGCAGUCACUGAGCGAGUUGGCGCGCCUGGUCGUGUGGAGCCUGGUGGCCGGGGUGCCUUACGUCAGCCUCCACGAUAUUACAGGAGAUUUAAAGGCAAAUGAAGAAAAGCUUUUCCUUGAAGUAGAGAGAAACAAAAAAGGCAUUCCAGGCUGCAUAAAAUGGUCAAACAAACCAAAUUUGAAUGGCUACACAAAUGGUAUUCCAGCUCACACUAUAAUGGUUAACAUUUUGUCACCGGAAGAUGGCCGGACAAGAAUUGCACAAUGUAUACAAGAAAUUGCUAGAGGUAAAAUUCCUUGUCAAAGGAAUUCUAAUGAAUUUACAGCACAAGAGUUAGAUGAAGCUCUUACUUUAAUGUAUCCUCCAAUCCCAGACCCAGAUUUAGUUUUAUAUACAGGCCCUCUGUGUUGUACACACGGUCUUUUGCCUUGGCAAAUUAGGCUAACAGAGUUCAUACAGCUGUCAGUAGACCAUAGCAUAAAUAUUGAGAACUAUAUAGGUGCUUUAACUAUAUAUAGCAAAUGUGAUCAAAGGUUUGGUAAAUGAAUUUUGACGUGUGUAAUGAGUACCAGUCAUACAUAGGCCUAAAUGUAAUUUAGUCUUAUAAGAAUGUAUAUUUAUUCUUAGAUUACCUUUCCAAGGAAAUAGUGGCAAUAUUAUUUAAGAAUUCAGAAUUUGAUAUACAAAACUAAACAUAAAUUCUUUUGGUGUUAAGAUAGCUAUUGACUGUUUUGAUGAGGGUGCUCUUUUACCCCUUGAUAUUUCCAUAAGGUAUUCUUCAUACUGGCAUUUAUAAUUAAGCUGAUUUUCAAUACUUCCCACAGUAAUGAAAUUAGUAUUACUGUUUUAAAUUCCUACUUUUAAUACAUUGGAUGUUUUUAAGAUUAUGUUGAAUAGGUAUCAUAAAUAAACUAAAAUUGUAAUUCCUACUCAUUUAUUAAAAACAAGGUUUGUCCCUGAAAUUAUACUUAGGUAAACCCUAGAAACUUUAUGUUGUACAGUGUAUUUGAGAAUAAUGUUAUAUUGUGUUUUCUUGCACUGACUUCAAUGUUUUACAAUCCAGUGUAAAAUAAAAAAGGUUAAACAUUUA